AUGAACUUAAAAUGCAUUAGCAUUUUUAUAUUAGUUGUUUCCACAGUAACAAUAUCAUCUCAUACGAACGGUGCUAAAUAUGCGAUUGAUAUCAUAAUAUCGUUUUUAAAAUUAGACGAUAGACCGGUUUCACUUUUAAUACCAAACUUGUGUUGGAAUCAAUAUGAGCUGAAAACAUUGGCUAAAUCUUUAUGCAGUGCUGGUGUAAGUUGGGCUUAUUCCUUUCAACCGAAUCGGAGUGAGAGCCAUUUACAGCAUAUUGUAAUACUCGCUGACCUGUCAUGCCCGGCAACGCCGCAGUUUUUAUUGAAGGCCAGUAAUCAGGGAUACUUCAAGUCUCCCUACAGAUGGCUGCUGUUGGCCGCAGAGUCUGGCAAUCAAUUCAAUAUUCUGCAAGAUGUAGAUAUGCUUAUAGACAGUGACGUGGUGAUUUCAAGGAAGUUAGCUGACGGGGGAUUUAUUUUUACUGAUGUUUACAGAAUUUCUGAAAAGUCUGAACUUAUUUUUACUACAAGAGCAAUUUGGCGCACAGCCACUAAUAAUUAUAAAAUUGAAAGUAGUAACUCAAGUGACAUCUUAAUUAAAGAAGACAGCCAGAACGAAACGAGUGUAAAACCGAGUGAACAUAAAAAUAGGAAUGAGGAAAACGGAAUCAACGCCCCUGUUAAAAUUAUAACAGUAAAUAAAUAUGGAGUUAUGGAAGAUUACAGGGACACUAAAGUGCUCUUGGCAAGGCGACGCAAUUUAAGGAGGCAUACUCUUACAAUGGCUAACGUUAUCACCGACAGCAACGAAACGAGGAAACAUUUGGAUGAUCGACUGAAUCUCCAUCAAGACUCCAUAACAAAAAUGUCAUAUGCUAUAGUAAAAAUAUGUUUUGAAAUGUUGAAUGCUACAGAAAAAUUGAUAUUUACUCACACGUGGGGAUACAAGGAUAAAAACGGCAACUGGCAAGGGAUUAUUGACCAUCUACUAAAGAAAGAAGCGGACCUUGGAACCUUAACAAUCUUUACCAAAGAACGAAUGGAACGCAUCGAUUACAUUGCAAUGGUUGGUUCCACUGCCGUGAGAUUCGUAUUUCGCGAACCUCCUCUUGCAUUAUUGUCAAAUAUCUUCACGCUCCCUUUCACAGGCGCAGUUUGGCUUGCAAUUUUCAUAUGUGUAUUAGCCUGUGCGAUUUUUCUAUUCAUUACUUCAAAAUGGGAAGCUACGAUGAGCAUGCAUCCAAUACAACUGAAUGGGACGUGGGCAGAUGUGCUCAUAUUAAUCAUAGGUGCUGUAUUGCAACAAGGGUGCACACUCGAGCCAAGAUACGCUGCUGGUAAAUGUGUAACGCUACUGCUGUUUCUUGCCUUGACGAUACUGUACUCGGCUUACUCUGCAAAUAUAGUUGUGUUACUACGAGCACCCAGUUCCUCGGUGAAGAGUUUGCCCGAUCUUCUAAACUCACCUUUGAAACUAGGAGCCAGUGAUUUUGAGUACAACCGAUAUUUUUUCAAGAAAUUAAAUGAACCAGUACGCAAGGCUAUUUACAACAAGAAAAUCGCGCCAAAAGGGAGGAAACCAAAUUUUUACAGCAUGAAAGAGGGUGUAGAAAAAAUACGCCGAGGGUUGUUUGCGUUUCACAUGGAGCUCAAUCCGGGAUACAGGCUUAUCCAAGAAACCUAUCAAGAAAAUGAGAAAUGUGAUCUGGUGGAGAUUGACUACAUCAACGAGAUAGACCCAUGGGUGCCGAGCCAAAAGAGAUCUCCUUUUAAAGACCUCUUCAAAAUCAACUUCAUUAAGAUCCGCGAGACCGGCAUCCAGGCGAACAACCACCAUCGGCUAAAUGUGCCGCGACCUCGAUGCUCAGGCACCAUCUCCACGUUCAGCAGCGUCGGCAUCACCGAUAUGUACCCUGCUUUGUUGGCUACAACGUACGGCAUGCUCUUGGCCCCCGCGGUGCUUUUGCUGGAGAUCGCAUAUAAAAGAAUGUAA